UCACAUCUAGUAGCUCUCGCCGACAGCGCACGCAAACAGGCUCACACACGGGAAACCUCCAUAACGGUCGCUUCCACCGAGAGUGAGUUCGAGUCCCUCGUGGCAGUCCUUGCUACGUACAGUUCGGAAGCUCCAGCAAGAAACGGGGCAUGGCCUUCAUGGCAGACGCCAACGGCUUCGCCCUCGAUUUCAUCCGCGAGCACCUGCUCGGUGGUGGUUGCGGCGGCGUCGCCACGGUGGAUAGCCAUAGCCCAAUGGUUUCCGACAACGCCACCUUCCCCGAGCUGCCGCCUAAGCCGGAGUUCGAGCCCGUGUCGUUCUUGCUGCCGCAGCAGGAGCAGCAGCAUCAAGGUCUCAUGGGCACGGACCUGACCCACGAGUACAUGGGCGGCGGUGCCCCCGCUGCACCCGCGGUCGGCGAGGCGGCGGCGCUCCCGGAGCAGCAGGAGCUAGCGGCACCCGUGAACAUUAAGUUUGGGAGCGAGCGCUCGUCCGCCGUCAGGAAGCCGCUCACCAUCUCCGUGCCCCCGAGCUCGUACGCGUGGGCGGCAACGGCGGCGUCCGCGGCCGCGGGGGCAGCACCCGCACCGGCGGCCGCGGCAGUUGUCGAGGACUUCCGCUUGUACCGCGGCGUCCGGCAGCGCCCCUGGGGCAAGUACGCGGCGGAGAUUCGCGACCCGAAGCGCCGGGGAUCGCGCGUGUGGCUCGGCACGUACGACACGCCCGUCGAGGCCGCGCGCGCCUACGACCGCGCCGCGUUCCGCAUGCGCGGCGCCAAGGCCAUCCUCAACUUCCCCAACGAGGUCGGCACCCGGGGCGCCGACUUCUGGGCCCCGCCGCCGGCUCCGGCGACGAAGGCCGCCGCCGCGGCGAGCAAGAGGAAGCGGAAGCAGCUGGAGGACCCCGACGACGUCGAGGUGGCCGCGGUGGUGAAGGUGAACAAGGCAGUGAAGGUCGAUGCGUCGUCGUCAUCGUUCACCUCGCCGUCUUCCAUGUCGACGCGCGAGACCACCACCGCCUCAUCGACAGUGACGUCCACUACGGCAGAGACGGGCGCCGGUGCUGAGUGGCUUCCCGUGACGCCUUCGAGCGGGACCUGCGACCAGUACUGGGAGGCUUUGCUCAGCGGCCUGCCGCCGCUAUCGCCACUGUCACCGAUCCCGACGUUGGGUUUUCCGCAGCUCCCCGUUAAUUGAAGACCCCUGUUUGGAUUGCCAAGGAUUUUGGCCUUACCCUUUUGGAUGACCAAGGAAAUUGUUUCAGCUCCCUUCCAAUCCUAGGGAAUCGGCACUGAACCUCAUCCGUCAGGAUGCUAAUGAGCUGUGUACAAACGAGGAAACAAUCUGAAGAAACAUGCCGAGAGGUAAGGUACAUACGUGCAGAUCGUUCGAUACUUGUAAAGAAUAAGCAAAGGAUGUGGCGUUUAUAGGAUCUACACGACUGCAUUGUAACUUAAGUCGAGUUAAAUUUACAUCUUUUUCUCAAUGUAGUUCAUGGCUUCUACUC